AUGGCUAUUCCAUGGCUGAAGGAACUAGGAACAUUUCCAAGCUACUGGGAGGUGUCCGAAAGGCAGCUAGGCCUUGGCUUCCAGGGCGGACAAAACGCGGUAGGAAUAGUGAACCUCGCCAAGACGUGGGUGAAGAGACUGGGCCAAACCAAGAAGUCCAACAUCCUUGCCAAGAGAUCCCUUUCCAUCGCCGAUCUAGAAGGGCCAUUCGCUGUCAAGGUUAGCUUUUGUACCGGCAUCGCACGACGGGUGCGGCUGCGAGAGCUCCUCGCCAAUAUCCUACCUGCUUACGUGGCAGACCUUGCUACCACGCCUUGUUACUGGGAGAGACUUCAAGGCUGUGAUAUCCUGGAGAUAUUACGACAUGAAGACUUCAGAGCACAUUACCAAAAGCUAGACCGUGAACUGCAAGCAGAGUUCGAGACACUUGCUAUCGCUGCCCUGUUUCUGUUGCAAGACACGGGUGUAGAUAGGAAGGGUGAAAAUUUCGUUGUUGGUUGCAUCCCUCAAGGCUUAGCAGUACAAUGCUUCAAAAUCCCCAUCGAAAAGGAGACCUUCUGGGCCCGAAUACUUGCCGAUUCUGAGGACGUAGCGACUUUCGCUUAUGUGGCGACGAGGUGCUUCAAAACGGACCUGGAUUCAGAGGCGUAUCUUAUCGGGCGAGUCGACGCACCAUUACUCGUACGAGUCCUUCGACCCAACACCCAGGACGAGCCAGAAUUGCUGGUAUCAAUGAGCACAAUUAUAGCUCCAUUUUUGAGAAGGUGGAGCAGGAAGCAAGGAUAUAAAAGGCUGUGGAGGUUGCGAGAGAGCAGAGCUAUAGAUCAUCAGCAUCAGAUGGCCGAGAGUGUUGUUGUGACUGCAGACUUUGAGGCUUCAUAA